AUGACCAUCGCGGAAGCGACAGGGACAGUCAUAUAUGACCCCGAGGGUGGCGAACAUGUUUCAUUCUCCCGAGAAGGCCAUCCCAUUCAUGAUGACGUUAGUGCCAAAGUGCAAGAUUUUGUGUGGACAACUAUAUCGGAGGCAUUCGAGUAUAGUAAUAGCCAUGGAGAGAGUAUACCCGCCGACAAAAGUUUGCUUGACUUUGUCCGCGAACGAGUCCAACAGACCAAGUUCUCAGAUGAAGAGAAAGACCUCUGUCUAGAUGCAUGCAAGCUCUGGGGCGCAUACGUCGGCGAUCAAGCCGACAGGCAGAGUCUGAAGUUCUUCCGUUUAGAGGAGUGUGUUGACGGGAGCAACUUCGUCGUGGCGUCUACAUACAAACGCAUCCUAGAACAUGUUGCAAAGACCGCAACAAAACAAGCUGAUAUCCAUCUCAGCGAGCCCGUCACGAGCAUCAAAGCGCCCCAUCGCAAUCAAUCAACAAACCACCAGGUGACCGUAACAACCACGACAGGCACAUACGACUUCGACGAAGUAGUCGUGACCUGCCCACUAGGCUGGCUCAAGAAAAACACAAGCGCAUUCUCACCCGAGCUCCCGCCCCGCCUCCUCCAAGCAAUAAACAGCAUCUCAUACGGCCGACUCGAAAAAGUCUACGUAACAUUCCCGCGCGCCUUUUGGCACACACCCACAGCUAGUGACAAAGACAAUACCACCAAACCAACCGUCUUCGCCCAAUUCCUCGAACCCACCUACGCCCCCCAUCCACCGCACAUAGAAUGGAACCAGGAAUGUCUCUCUCUCGCCGCCCUGCCCUCCCCACACGCCCACCCAACCCUGUUGUUCUAUACAUACGGCGAGAGCGGCGCAGAGAUCAUAAAUUCAAUCUCCAAUUUCCACCCCUCAUCCCCUGAAUACCGCGACACCCUGAACCAGACCCUGCAACCUUUCUACUCCCGGCUGCCGGGCUACGAUGCGGAGUCUGCAGACUGUACGCCGACGGCAUUCCUCGCAACGCAGUGGCAGAAAGAUGACUAUGCGGGUAAUGGAUCUUAUUGUAAUUUCCAGGUUGGGGUUGUCGAUGCGGAUAGAGAUAUUGAGGUUUUGAGGUCUGGGGAUGGGAUUGGGCCGGUGAGGGGAUUGUGGUUUGCUGGUGAGCAUACGGCGCCUUUUGUUGCGCUUGGGACGACUACUGGUGCGUUUUGGAGCGGGGAGAGGGUUGCCAGGUUGAUCUGCGAGGGGCGCGGUUUGGAUGUUGGUGGUGAUGGGGUGAGGGAUGAUCCUUUGCCUUCUGCUGGGGGGCAUAUUCAUGAGUUGAACAGAACCGGUAGAUAG